GCGACAUACAAAAUUCUCCACCUUAUUUCAUGAUUUUGCAAAAUGAAUGUCACAAAAUAUACACUCACACGAUUGUACUUUAGAUCUAGUUUUAUUGGAUAUAAGAGGUGUUACCUCACAUCCACCACCAAAAAAGAAGAUGGUUUAAAGAUAGACAGCAAACCUCCUAGUGAAAUCAAGUGCGACUGGAUUGGUCCUCCUGACCAACUCUCCAACAUGCGACAGAUACGUUACUACAUCCCUCCUGAUGAGACGCUCGCUGAGAAUCAACUUCGAUUACAAAGGGAGGAAACAUGGCGGUGGAAUCAUGAGUAUUGGACAAAACAUAAUCAGCAGUUCUUUGAAGAAAAAGAAGCAUUUGUUAAAGCUAAGACAGAUCUUCUUGGCCAGUAUGAUGAAGAUGAUGCUCCUCGUAAGUUAACCCCAGAGGAGAUGUCCGAGUUUUACCGAAAGUUCUUGAAUGAAAACGCCAAGAAACAUGGAAAUUAUAAUAGGGAAUGGUACAAAAAGAAUUUCUUGUUGCUCUGGCCGGCAUUCAAAGUGUUUGUGUCAAGGACAAUCAAAAAGGUGACCACUAGAUGAUACAGUUAUCUGAUAGGACUAUUUUGUGACUUGGUUACAUUCCCAACAUAAUGCUCGCAUUUUGUGGCACAGGACAAUUUGUGAGAUGGUUAGAGAAAGCUUUUCGUGACAGCUUUUGUUAAAAGCUACUGACAGGAGCAGUUUGCAUUAAAGCCUCCUGCAAUUCAGGAGUACAGGGUGACUCAAUAUUUAGAUCAUUGGGCAGUUGGCCUAACCCAUGUUAGUGCAGGAUGGUCCAGGUGACCUAGAUGUUAAACCAAGAUAUGUUACAUGUUUUCAGGACUUGUUUUACAAUAAUAAAUAAA